AUGCAUUCUGCAGGAACCCGGACUCUCGAAUUCACGAUCCUCUCCGCGGAGGAUCUCCGGAUCGACGGGAGGCCCGUCAAGAAGAACGCGUUCGCCGUCGUGCGAACCGACCCGUCGAAUUCUGGGUCGACCAGGGCGGAUCUCGACGGCGGGAGCUACCCACUAUGGAACGAGAAGGUCGUCGUGGAGAUGUCGAUGCCGAUGCAGAAAUCGGUGACGGUGGAGGUGCAAUGCAGGGUCGGAUCGGGAAACAGAGUGGUCGGGUCCGUGGCCGUGCCGGUUUCAGAAUUCUUGGGCGGCCUGACGCCGGAGGAUUACCUCCAUUUUUUGAGCUACCGGUUGCGGGACCCGCGAGGGGUUAGGAAUGGAAUUGUCAAUUUCUCGGUUAGAGUUAUCGGCGGCGGCGGAGGUAAUUGUUCCGCGGCGGCGAGGAAGAAUGUAGGGGCGGAGUACGGCGGUUUUUCUACGUACGGUCCGUCAUGGGGCGCGCAGUCGUCGUGGAGAUUGCAAGUUGGAGUGCCGGUGGCUGGCGGCCGGAGUAAUUACGGUGGCGGCGGAGGGGCAGUUACUGGCGUUCCUGUUUGGGGAUCGUCCCGCGCUUGAGUUCCAUGUUCAUCCUCAUCGGCAGCUGAUUUCCGAUUUGGUUUCUGAUGUAAAUGUUUCACCGCUUGGUGUAAAUACAUUGUUAGUGAUGGAGUUGAUUACUAUCUCCAUCUAGUAGUUCCAAAAUUGAGAGCAU